GAAUGAUAAUGAGCCACGCCCUGACAACUUUGCAGAAGAGCUCAUGAUGUUACUGCAAGACCAAGGAGGGCUCUACAUUGCUUGUAUCUUCUUCCUCGGGUUGUUUUCUAUAUCCAGAGCUUGUCUGCCAUGCCCAGUAUUUGCUGAAUCCUCCUACACAGCGUCAGUACUAGAAAACGCUACAACUGGCUCUACAGUAUUAAGUGUAUCAGCUUCUAAUGCUUAUGGCGACCCGGUCACUUAUUCUGGCUUGAGCUUACCCUUUAGUGUCGAGUCUAGCACUGGUAUCAUAACGCUAGUUGGCUCCCUCGCUACUCUCAGUAGUCCUUACUUAGGGACAGUACAGGCUAGUGUCUUUGGAUAUACUCAAACGGUUAAUGUUAGGAUUGGCAUACUCGAGUUGCCUGAUGUCCCUGUGACAUGCUCUCCAUCACAACUGCUCCUCUUAGUAGAGGAAAACCUUGACCCUCCAUUCAAUACAACGCAGUCAUUGAACUGUUCUUCUGAUUCUGACGAACCAUUUUUAUUUAUACCUCCCAUGUCCAUAGUCUCCAUUGAUUCUCUGGGAUAUGUCUUGAUCGAAGAGAAACUCAAUUUUGAGAACCAAUCGGUUUUUGAUUUGCUGGUUUCGUUCACUGACUCAGCUAAGACUCCCGUCCCGGGCAAUGCUAGUCUUUCACUACGAGUUCUUCCCAUUAAUGAGUACCCACCUGUGUUUCUCAAUGAUUCGUUCUUUUAUACAGUUCCUGAGGGUACAAGCAUUGGCAGCAAGAUUGGAGAGUUGAGUGCUCUUGAUGAAGACGGUGGGUUGGAUGGAGAGUUUGUCUUUACUCUAAAUGGCGGUAAUGGAUCUGAUCACUGUCAUCUUACAGCAGGAGGGGAGCUGUAUGUAAUGGCUGAUCUUGACUACGAAGAGAUUGCUCCUCCAUUAUUGGAACUAAUUGUUAUAGUGAGUGAUACUCCAUGGAACACAUCAUCCUCUCUUACUAGUACUACUUCAGUUUUUAUUGAAAUUGAAGACGUGAAUGACAAUUCUCCAUUUUUCAGCCUUGAUGUGUAUUAUACACAAGUCCCUGAGAAUGCCAGUCUCCUUGACCACCUACUCACAGUCCAAUGCAAUGAUAUGGACAGUGGGACUAAUGCUAUUCCUGUAUAUGGUAUAUCAGAGCAAUCUAGUGAUAAUUUAUUUGAUAUUAAUAAUUCAACCGGUGAAGUAUUUCUUCAAUCCAGCCUAGACUAUGAAACAGAAUCCAAUCAUCGUAUAGUUUUAUUUUGUACCGACUCCCAAAUCUCACACUACUCUUCUCUAUCUCUCCUGGUCGUUGAGGUAUUGAGUGUUAAUGAGUAUCAAUGUGUCUUCAAUGAGAAUGAGGUUGUGUUUCUUGUACCUGAAGGCACUUCAAUUGGAACGAUUAUUGGACAUCUUAACGUCUCUGACGAAGACAAAGGUAUAGCAGGGGAGCUAACAUAUCAAAUGAAUAGCUCAUUAUGCAGUUCAGUCAUGGCAAUAGAUGACAGCUCAAGUGCUGUUGCUUUAACUUCAGACUUAGACUAUGAAGAAAACCCUUUUAUAUUGUGUUCAGUGACUGUACACGACAAUCAAGCACCUUUUACUUACAAUUCAGCUAAUAUUACCAUCCAAGUACUUAAUGUUAACGAUAACCCACCAUCCUGUCAGACAGUUCCUCCAAUUAGUGUCUACGGUAACAUGAGCACAGGUAGUACCCUCGGAAACCUCUUGUGUAGUGAUGCAGACAAUGACAAACUAUCAUUUGUUAUAAUGGAAGACAAUGCAUUAGUCGUCCUUAACGACACUAACCAAAGUGAUGCUGUAAUUGUAUUAAAUCAAUUAAUUAAUAAUACAAUUGAUAACAGUACUUCUGUCUGGAUCAGCAUUGCUGUUCAUGAUGGACAUCACUAUGCUAUUGCUAAAGUUUUACUGAUUCUUUAUCCUUUACAAGAGAGGCCAUUAUUCACAGCUUCCGAGUACAACUGCAGCAUACCUGAGUCAGCAAUGAUCGGUUCUUUAGUCUGUACAGUAGAAGCAGUUUGUACUGGCAAGGGAGCGUCCUACAGUCUAAAACCUAAAACAGAAGACACGUUUGCUAUUCUUUCAAAUGGGGACAUUAUACUAUUAGAGCAACUUGACUAUGAAAUGGAGUCUCUUCAUUUAUUGACUGCUAUUUCUCACUGUUCCUCUCUCAAUGAUACUGCAAUAGUAAAUAUUAUUGUAGAAGACUUUAAUGACAAUCCACCAGUAAUGCCAGAGUAUGUCUUUACAAGUGUGAUUGAGAAUGCUCCAUAUGAUACUGUAGUAGCUGAUAUUACCUGUACUGAUGCUGAUACAGGGAACAAUGGAGCUGUAUCCCUUAAUCUCACGUCUUCUCUUCAACUCAUGCAAAAUGGUACCAUCAUGCAACAACUUGAGGCAGAACACUCGUUUUAUUUGCAUGGAGAAAGUGGCUCAGUUUCAGUUAUUGGUGACAUUGACUAUGAAACAAUCAAGCAAUAUCAACUGCUAGUGGUAUGUUAUGAUAAGGGAAUACCAAGUCUAUCGUCAACAAGUGUAUUAACUGUUAGUGUCAAUGAGGAAAAUGAAUUCUCACCUUUAUUCACAACACUAGAUAAUUUUUUAAACUUUACACUAAACGAAACUAAUAAUGAACCAGGGACUCUACUCCAUCACUUUGAGGCCAGUGAUAAGGACAAAGGCUAUUCAGGACUAAUCCACUACAGUUUACAGGCUCCAAUUGAUGUCCCUCAAUUUUUAAGAGUUGAUAGCAUUUCGGGUGAGCUAAUCAUCACCUCCACACCUAACUGUCACCAUGGACAACAGUUUCAAUAUUAUGUCAAUGCUACAGACAGUGGUAAGCCUCACUCAUUGACAGCGACAGUUUCAUUCAAUGUCUUAUUGACUCACUGUAUUCCAUUACCGAUCUCUAAUCCUAGCACUUACCAUGCUACAGUGAACGAAGAUGCUUCCAUUGGAACAAGCAUAGCUCAGUUUAACUGCAUCUCAGCAUUAAGUGAUGCUACAAUACAGUAUACACUAGAUAGCAAUAGCAUGUUUCUUAUUAAUCCUAUCAAUGGUGCUAUCAGCACAAUGACUAAUCUUGAUUAUGAAACAGCAACCCUUCACCAAUUGUCAGGUACAUGCUACUACAGUCAGUCUCCAGCAUUAUUCACUAACCUCAGUCUUUAUGUUACUGUCCAACCAGUCAAUGAUAAUGCCCCUAGUUUUACUGAGUCUGCCAUUGCUCUCAAUGUCAAUGAGGAUAUGGAGCCUGGCAGUGUUCUAGCAGUUCUUAUAGCAGAGGAUGCUGAUGAUGGUCCUGAUGGAGACUUGAAGUAUUUCAUGAACAGUUCAACCGAACACUUUGCAAUCAUUGCUCAAACUGGAGAGCUAUUCCUGACAAAAACCAUGGACAGGGAAAGAGAAGAUCAUUACAACUUAGUCAUUACAGUAACAGAUAGUCCAGUCAAUGCCAGUGAUGCUAGAACUGAUACAAUGAUGCUACAUGUUCAAGUGCAAGAUAUCAAUGACAACAGGCCAGAGUGCUCUAGGAACGUAUACAAAACUAGCAUAGAUCCUUCAAUGUCAGCCACUGUACCAGUAGCAGUGGUACAAUGUCAUGACCUUGAUAAAGGGGAGAAUGGAAGCUUGACUUAUUCAGUUCCAUAUUCUUCGUUAUUUCAGAUAAACUCUUCAAGUGGAGAAUUGUUCCUCUCACAGUCAAUCACUGAAGAUACUACAUCAUUACAUCACACAGUCCCAGUGCUAGUUGAAGAUCAGGGAAGAGAAACAAUGGCAACUACUGUUUAUGUUGCAGUGGAGCUGAAUGUGUCUGGUGGUGUUGUAGGUGAUGAUAGUUCAGGUAGUUUAGCAGCAAUAGAAGGUAUGGAAAACCUUGCAAGCUUCACCAUUGACAAUAUAAAGGAGGAGUGGAAUGAUAAAAUUGAAGAUUUAUUUAAGUCUGCUCUAUCUAACAGUACAACAAUCCAUUGCAAUCUCUACCCUCACUCGUGUUCACUGCUGCCAAUGUGUAUCAAUCAAUCAAAUGAAGAAUCUUUAUGCAUCGAGUAUCUCACUUUUACAUCAAAUGACAUCAUCAUUGUGAAUCAACCUCUAAACCAAAACUCAUCAAUGAUUCAUAUCAGUUUGUACAUUUUGUUGCCACAAGCAGCAGUGAAGGCUCCAUUUAGAAUCACUGACUACGUAGUACCACGAGAUACCCUACACAAAAUAGCUCGUGAUAAUAAAGUCCCUAUUGCUGCAAUAGUCCGGGACAGCAUCAAAGAGAGGUUACUACAAGUGGGCAAAGACCUUUGGAAACCUGUAGCAUUAACAUUUCUAUCAAUCAUUGGAACUGGGUUCCUUCUAGCACUCAUAGUCACUUUCUUUCACAGGAAGUACUCGUACAAAAGAAAAGGAAGAUUGUCCGUGUUCAAUUCAAAUGAUACAGUACAAGAAAUAUCUCCUCCUAUCAAGCCAACAAGAGUAGCUCCUGCUACACCGAGUGAUGGCUGCUCAUUGAUCAAUGUGUCGGAGAAUGGAGAGGAUAGAUCAGGUAGUGAACGAAGCAGCUGUUCUGAAGAGACGACUGAUGCCGCUAAUCAAUUGCUGUUAUUGAAAAUGAGAUCAGAGUUCAAUCAUCCGUUUGCUAACAAUGAUCCCGAGAAUAGCAUCACUUGAUGUUACGUCAUUGCUAGUUCUUUAUUUGUUUUAUUAAUUUUAUUCAAAAAUUGAUUUCAUUUUAUUUUUCUAAUGUAUUCUCAAUGGUCACUUGUUAUUGAAAAA